AUGAACCAUUUCUUGCCAAUUGAACUUGCUGGUAGUCAACAACCGCUUUUGAUAGUUGACGAGAGAUUACUGGUGGUUCAAGAUAAUGUUGGAUUAUUCGAUGGAGUCGAGAAAAAUACAAAAUAUGGAAAUGGUAAAUUAUAUUUGACAUCACAUCGAAUAAUUUACGUCGACUCUAAACAACCUGGCAAUCAUUCGAUCGCGCUCGAUCUAAAACUUGUCAGAGGACUCGAGUAUAUGACUGGAUUAUUUAAAUCAUCACGUAAAAUCAUCCUUCACUUUUCAUUCUCAAACGAUAACGAAAUCACCCAAGCCUCAUUCCCAGCAACAUGGAUCUGUCCAUCAUGUUCUUUCGGAAACACAGCACGCCUUGCACUAUGUCAAUUAUGCGGCGAGAAACAACCAGAAACACCGCCACUAUCUCCAACCUUAAAAAAUACUUUCUCGCAAGAUUCUUCGAUCGAGAGACCAUGUCACGCGUGUACCUACAUGAAUAAACCCACUUUGCCUAAAUGUGAAUUGUGUGGUGCUGGACUCACAAUGGCCUAUUUGGACCAAAAUGAGGUUUGCGAUCUGAGUGGUGUGAAAACAAGCGAAGAAGUUAUGCGAGGAUCGAGAACGGGAGAAUAUGUGAGACUUUCGUUUAAGAAAGGAGGAUGUAGUGCAUUUUUUGAGAAAUUGCAAGUUGCAAUGACAAUGAAAGUGUGGGAGGAUAUACGUAGCCACAUGCAACGCAAAUCGCACACUCCGAGUCGUUCCAAUACUGCCACAUCUGACAACUCUAACCAACGAUCCGCAGGGAAUAAUAAUAACAAUACUCACUCAAACUCCAACAACUCAAACUCAAGUAAUAAUAAUAACGUUUCUAAUUCUACUGUUAAAGGUUUAAAAAACGAAGAACUUAAACCUUAUAAAAUUGACGAUAAUCGGGGAGAGUCGCAACAACAGCAACAUUACCAACAGCAACAUCAACAGCAGCAGCACCACCAACAGCAACACCAUCAACAGCAACACCAUCAACAGCAACAUCAACAAGCAUCUCAACAACAUCAGCAACAAAAAGGUUUAGAGUGGGCUCUUGGGCUCUCUAUUCGAGUGAAAACUUUGACGGAUGAAGAAUACGAAGGACAGAUCUAUGCAUACGAUACAAAGACCAAUUGCGUUAAUGCUACAUCAAAUGAUGCCACUAACACCACUACUAGUGUGUUCGCCACAACGUUCCCUUCCGUGAGUUAUGUGCAAAUGGAAAGAAUACAAGCAAGGGAAAUGCAAGCAUACAGGGAAACGCAGGCAUUUUUGGCAAGAAUUGGUGUUGGUGUGACUGUUGAGGCACAAGAGAUUUUCGACGCCCUGAGUAAAACGUUGCCGGUGCGAUGGGCUGAAGAAAAAAUUGUGGUUUUAGAUGAGGUGGUUAUUAAUCCACCAUAUGAUUUGGAAAAUUGUAAAGCAAACUCGAGUGCAUCCGGUUCGUUGGCACGUGUCAAGAAAGUGCUUGAAGGAGAAAAGAAAAGGUUGUCGAGUGUGAGAAAAUAA